AAUAUCUUCAUGUACAUACAGUAGGCUGCGUUACAAGAUGAAACGCCUCAAUAUCGCGGUCUGCCGGCCUUUGGGCUAGUACAGGUGCAAUUCCUUCCACGUUGUGUAGGCUUAUUUUUGAUUUCAUAACCCAAAUUACACAGAUUACCUACUAUAGACUAAUUGUCGGGAAAAUGUGAUUACACCUUCCCUUCUUAGCCCCUCUCUUUUCCACAUCUCUCUCGCGUACACACGCAAUCUGCGGCGUUGAGUUUAGUCGGCUAGGUUAACAACGGAGUACUAAACAUCACUUGUUGCUAGUUGAGUGUUGGCUUGUACGGGGACCUUCCACCAUCAGGAAAUGGAGGAAUGCGUGUGUAGCGAGCGACACAGAGGGACGGGAAACUGACGAGACUGUUUACUGCAAGUCCCACACAUAACUUGAGCGAGGUCUUCCAGUUCCAGCGGCAACACUGGAAGAAAAAAAAGAUGAGUGACGAAAAUAAACUUCAAGUUGAACUUUUUGUGAAGGCAGGCAGUGAUGGCCAGAGCAUUGGCAACUGUCCAUUCUCCCAGCGUCUCUUCAUGGUGCUGUGGCUCAAAGGAGUCACUUUCAACGUCACCACCGUGGACAUGAAGAGGAAACCAGACAUCCUUAAGGACCUGGCCCCUGGUGCUCAGCCCCCCUUCCUGCUCUAUGGGACGGAGGUGAAAACCGACACCAACAAGAUAGAAGAGUUCCUGGAGGAGAACCUGUCCCCUCCAAAAUACCCCCGCCUGGCUUCCAGGAACCCUGAGUCUAACACAGCCGGCCUAGACGUGUUCUCCAAGUUCUCAGCCUACAUCAAGAAUUCAAACCCCCAGCUCAAUGACAACCUAGAGAAAGGCUUGCUCAAGGCCCUGAAGAAGCUAGACGACUACCUUGGCUCCCCACUUCCUGAUGAGAUUGACGAGAAUAGCGCUGAUGAUGUCACUUCCUCCUCCCGUCCCUUCCUGGAUGGGCAGGUCCUCACUCUGGCCGACUGCAACUUGCUUCCCAAGCUGAACAUUGUCAAGGUGGUGUGUCUGAAGUAUCGCACUUUCUCCAUCCCUAAGUCUCUCUCCAACCUGUGGCGGUACCUGGAUGCUGCGUACGCCCACGAGGAGUUCUCCUCUACCUGCCCCAACGACACGGAGAUACACAUCGCCUACUCAGCCGUGGCUAAAGCACUUAAGUAGGAGGACAAGGGGAUUCCAUCAGUCACACACACCAGCAAAUACACACACCUAUUCAGAUAUCCUAGACACACUCACCUACCUAUGCACACACUGUACAUGUGGCAGCAUACACACGCACCAAUGCAUUCACACAUACAUGCACUCUCUCAGACACACGCACACCAUUCCAACAGCCUUUCUUGAGAACAGAAAAUCAAUAUUACUGUAAGAUCAAGUUGGAAAUGUUUCAUUGGCCACUUAAGAGUUUGUGAAACUCUCUGAGGCUUAUAGUUUAUGGUUCCCUUUUUGUCACGUGCCACAUCCACUCUUAAUGCUGUAUAUUCAGGGGCAGUUACACACAGUUAAAGUUCUAUACACGGGCAGUAGGUUACAUAUGGUAGCAUCCAACUGAAGGUAUAGUGGUCUGUUCAGUCUCUAUGAUUAAUUCUGCACUGCAUACAUUGCCACAUUACCCCCUAUUAGUUUCUAUCUCUCGGCCAAGCCAUAAAAAAACUGUUUCUGUUCCACGCAUACCUAGAGCAGUUUAAUAACGGCUUCCUGCAGCUGAAAGAGAGAAGUUUGUUAUAGGCGUGUCUACAAUUAUACAUUAUUACAGUGUUGAUAUAUUUUUCAGGGCAAACAGCUGUUAACAGGGUGGAUGACAUGGUCAGUUUGAACCAGUCAUUGUAUACAUGCUCAAUGGUCAGAAGUUAAGGCUCAUGGAACGGGAAAGCAGGUCUUGGGCCAAUUGUAGUACAUUGGGGCACACUAUACAGAGGUGUUUCUCAGCACACAUGUAUCCACACAGAAAACGAUUUCAACAGACCUCGGCUUCUCCUUUCUCCGGCUUGUAGCGCUGUGACGGAUUUAUCAAGCUUAUGUCCCCAUUGUAAGGCUCUUUUGCUAGUAAAUCAAAUCAAAUUGUAUUUGUCACAUGCGCUGAAUACAACAGGUGUAGACCUUACAGUGAAAUGCUUACUUACAAGCCCUUAACCAACAAUGCAGUUUUAAGAAAAUACAAAAAAAAAGUAAAGAGAAUAAAGUAACAAAUAAUAAAAGCGCGGCAGUAAAAUAACAAUUGCGAGGCUAUAUACAGGGGGUAAUUCAAAGUGAAGGAUAUUUUUGAUACAAUGAAAAAAAAACUAUGAGAGGCUCAUAUUGCAGAGCAGUUGAGUUACUCCAAACGAAGUAAUAUGGCCAUUGUUGCUGCUUUAGAAGAAGUACAUGACUCUGUAUGGCCUUGAGGCACCAAGCCAGUUCAGUCAUGUUUCACUGUAAAUCUGAGGGAAAACUACAGGAUGUAAUGCAGACGUGCACACACCUCACAUGACUAAACCAUAAAUGUCACAUUCAUAAAAAAAUUUCAUUGCAUAGAUAACUGAAAUCUCCAAGGGGAGAAUGCUACAGGAUUGUGCAUUUGUACUCUUUGAUAUGGUUAAUGACAAUAGAAGACUCAAUUAAACUUGAAAAAAGAAAAGAGUUUGAACCUUUAGUGAGCCAAAUGAAGGGUUUUACUUGAGGUCUAUUGAGCUGGGUGUUGUUUAGGUUGUUUAAAUCGACAACACCUUUGAACCUACUACCGUCCUGUGCUUUGUAGUGCACACUUUGAAGUCUUCCAUUUUACAGUGACUUGAAAUUCAGUCCCCUGGGAAAGAACUGGAAAUAUUUGCUUGGGUUCUAUACAAUCCAUAUCGGCGUAUCAAGUUCAGCGUUACAGCGUGAUUGAAAUUUAAAGGCAAUGUUCCCGCUUUAAAGGAGAUUGUAUUCACGGUAAACGCUGCAUAUGUCGCUCAAUCGGAAAUAAGCUUUCUAAAGUGCAAUCUUCAGCGAUACAGAUUGAAUAGAGCCCUCAGACUGACUGAUAGAUGGUGCAGUCUCAUGGUACUGACUUAAGUGGAUCAGCUUAAAACAGCCUUGUUUUAAGCUGAUCCAAUUUGAGUGUACAAAACCUUUGUGUACAAAACAUUAGGAACACAUGCUCUUUCCAUGACAUGACCAGGUGAAUCCAGGUGAAAGCUAUGAUCUAUUAUUGAUGUCACCUGUAGAAUCCACUUCAGUCAGUGUAGAUGAAGGGGAGGAGACUGUUUAAAGAAGCAUUGGAGACAAUUGAGACAUGAAGCGCGGUUACAUGCACAAAAUAUGAUUAUUGUGGAUAGUCAGAUUAAUAUAAUAGUUUGCUUAAGACGUUUACAUGCUUUGCAAGAAUAACAAUUUCCCUAAUGAUCCUGUUUACAUGGACACAUCUGAAAUCAGGCUACCUGAUGGGACUUUUGAUAAAUGCAGAAAAUAGCCAAUCAAAAUAAACGUUCUACCACAGUAACCAUCUUAUUUUUGAGAAGACUAUUUGAUUCUGAGUUCGGACACAAAGUUUGUAUGUGAAAACUAUUUAUAAGAUGCAUACUUUCAGUUUUUAGGAACUCACUUCACUCGCGUUUAAGAUGAAGGCUUGGCUUACUGGUGCUGACACAUGCUCAGAUCAAAUACAGCGCUAAUAAUUUGAAAGAUUGCUCAGAAAACCAGUUGUUUUAAUCGGCGUAUGCUUACUUUGAUUUUGACCUUACGCCGAUUAGGAUAACCAGAGUAAGGUGUUUACAUGACUAAUGCCAUACUUGGCCUUCUGCCAUAAUCAGUUUAAUAUCGAGUGAUUAGAUGGGCAAGACAAAAGAUGUAAGUGCCUUUGAAUGAGUGUGGUAGUAGGUGCCUGGCGGACUGGUUUGGGUGUGUCAAGGUAUGUUCCCCGCCCACUCAGCCUACUAGCUCCCCGUCCACUCAGUCUACUAGCUCCCCGUCCACUCAGUCUACUAGCUCCCCGUCCACUCAGUCUACUAGCUCCCCGUCCACUCAGUCUACUAGCUCCCCGUCCACUCAGUCUACUAGCUCCCCGUCCACUCAGUCUACUAGCUCCCCGUCCACUCAGUCUACUAGCUCCCCGUCCACUCAGUCUACUAGCUCCCCGUCCACUCAGUCUAUCUUUUCAGACUUACUGGUAGUUUGACAUUAGAGAAAAAGUUGUUUUUGUCCAAUUUUGAGCAUUUUUAUCUGGCAAAAAUAUUUGGGGUGAUGUUUUAGUCAUUCAAAAGGCUUAUUUUACAUGGGAAUCAGAAUGACUGCUCAGACCUUUAAACCAAAGUUUCUUUGGAAUUUACGGUAUAAUUUACAGUUUACGCAUAAAAUCACCUAGAGUGCAUUGCCAUUUGCAGCAAUUUACUGUAAAUAACUGUACUGUUAGCUUUAUUGUAAAAUACAGUCAAAACAACAAUCAAGUUUUACAGUGUACUUUAUUGAGAGAAAAUGUACAGUACUUACUAUGACUGAGAUAUGUGGUUGUCCCACCUAGCUAUCUUAUUAAGAUGAAUGCACUAACUGUAGGUCGCUCUGGAGUCUGCUAAAUGACAACAACAACAAAAUGGUUCAAUACAUGUAAGAACUGCAACGCCGCUGGGUUUUUCAUGCUCACCACUUUCCCGUGUGUGACAAGAAUGGUCCACCAUCCAAAGGACAACCAGCCAUCUUGAAACAAUUGUGGGAAGCAUUAGAGUCAACAUGGGCCAGCAUCCCUGUGGAAUGCUUUCGACACUUUGUAGAGUCCAUGCCCCUACAAAUUGAGGCUGUUCUGAGGGCAAAAGGGGGUGCAACUCAAUAUUAAGGUGUUCCUAAUGUUUUGUACAUUCAGUGUAUUUUGUAUGUCUUCCAGGGUAAGGUUUUGUAAGACUGUAUCACCUAAGUGCCAUUCACGUUAUUGAAUAGUACAACAAUGAGGAUGUCAUUUGCAACAUAUUUAGCAUCGGAGGUGGCGUUGUUAUGUCAGCUAUUUUAUACAGUCGUUUCCUCAACAUGUGGGAUGACCCACUGGGCACAUUUGGGUAAUAUUCGGUUAAGACAAUGAUCAAUUCGAUUUCAACCUUUAUUUACGCACUCAAAAAUAAUUUUGUUGAAUUCCCAAUGUUAUCACUAUGCUUUCAACCAUCUAAAAGCACAACCAAAUUCCAACAGAAAGACAAUGCCUGAUUUUUGGUUUAGUUGUCAUCUGAAUGUAUCACUGUACUUCUAACCAUUUAAAAGCACAACAAAAUGAAAAUGGGAAUACAAUGUCAGAUAUUUGGUAUGUAUACAACAACUUAAUGUGUUAUCACUGUGCUUCAUCUAAUAGCACAACCAAAUGACCUGGAUUGCAGUUGAGAUUACAGUAAAAGUACAUAGUGCAAGUGAUCAAUGCUGUUCGAGAUUCUGCACUGAAUAUUAUAGCAAUUGUGAAGAUCUCCACAAACCUGUGACCUUUGCAUGCAUUCAUGAUUACAUAAGAAGACAUUUAUAGUUACAGUAACUUCAAAAUGUGGCCAUGGAUUUGUUACUCAUUUUGAGGUUGAAGAAAUACUGUUACAGUUUGCAAUAUAGCCUUAAAUGUAGGCAAUUUACUGUAUUACAAAAGUAAUAAAGAAUUGUGCUUGCUUGACAACACAACCAAAUAUCAACAUUUAAAGAAUAGGACUGAAUCAAACAUUAUUUGAAGUGCAUUUAAAGUUUGAUUUGAUUUAGUCCUAUUCUUUACUUUGGUUUUUGGUUGAGAUGGAGAUAUGAAUCUAACAUAUCAAUGAUGAAUUUGUAGACAAACUGGAAUUAAAGCCAGACUAAGUCAGUGGCAUAGAUGGCACUAUCCAAGCAGAAGAUACAUCUCCUUCAAAUGCUGAUAUUUGGUUGACAAGCAAAAACAAUUCAAUAUCCAGCUUGUCUACAAAUUAAUAAUUGAUACAACGCCUUCAGAAAGUAUUCACAAGUAUUUAUGUUACAAAGUGGGAUUAAAAUGGAUUUAAUUGUAAUUUCUUGUCAACAAUCUACACAAAAACUCUGUUGUAAAAGUGGAAGAAAAAUUCUAACAUUUCUAUCAAAUGUAUCUUGAUUAGAUGAGAUUCAACCCACUGAGUCAAUACAUGUUAGAAUCACCUUUGGCAGCGAUUACAACUGUGGCUCUUUCUGGGUAAAUCUCUAAUAGCUUUCCAUACCUGGAUUGUGCAACAUUUGCCCAUUAUUCUUUUCAAAAUUGUUCAAGCUCUGUCAAAUUGAUGGUUGAUCAUAGCUAGACAACCAUUUACAGGUCUGCCAUAGAUUUUCAAGCAGAUUAAAGUCAGAACUGUAACUAAGCGACUCAGAAACAUUCACUGUCUUCUUGGAAAGCAACUCCAGUGUAGAUUUGGUCUUGUGUUUUAGCUUAUUGUCCUGCUGAAAGGUUUUGCUUAGCGGUAUGUCAUUUCUUUUUUUAUCCUGAAAAACUUCCUUAGCGAUUACAAGCAUACCAUAACAUAAUGCAGCCACCACUAAGCUUGAAAAUAUGGAGAGUGGUACUCAGUAAUUUGUUGUAUUGGAUUUGCCCCUAACAUAACACUUUGUAUUAAGGACAAAAAGUUAAUUGCUUUGCCACAUAUUUUGCAAUAUUACUUUAGCGUCUUGUUGCAAACCUGAUGCAUGUAAACAGGAUGCAUGUUGUGGAAUAUUUGUAUUCUGUACAGGCUUCCUUCUUUUCACUCUGUCAAUUAGGUUAGUAUUGCAGAGUAGCUACAAUGUUGUUGAUCCAUCUUCAGUUUUCUCCUAUCACAGCCAUUAAACUCUGUAACUCUUUUAAAGUCA